UCUCUCUCUCUGUCUCUCUCUCUCCAUUAACUCUGCUGCUAAAUUACUCAGUACUCACAGUGACCAGAAAACAGAGCCCCAACCUCUCUCUCUCUGGUAAAGAUGAACAGAUGCAUUCAGUAGCUAAACUUUAAGGACCGCUUUUUGAAUGAAUCUUUUGUACUGAAAAAUCACAUCAUCUUCUGUUGGUCUUGUUGUUCUUAUACCCCUUUCUUGAAAAUGCCAUUGAGAAAAAUAACCCCUUUUGCGUUUUCUGGUAUGAAAAAUCGAAACCUCCCAACACAUGUAAUGAAUGCAUAUGCGCAUCAUGUUUCGACUCAUCUUCUUGAACGAGAAUUAACCUUUUGAUUUUCACCUCAAAAGCUCGAGGGCCCACAUAAAGUUUCAAUCUUUUUUUACUCUCUUGCCUUUCCAGUUCCCUUUAUUGCGAAAUAUAAUCAAACCCCACCAAGAUUCACACAAGAAGGAGGUGGAUUUUUGCUCUUCUUUUCCUCGUUUGAUGUUUUUAUGUGAAGAACCCAUGAAGAAUUUUCAGUGGCUGAAGCAAAUAGCAAACACCCACAGCAAGCUCGAGAGGAGGCUCUCACUGGGCGAGUACAAACGCGCUGUCUCAUGGUCAAAAUACUUAGUCUCCUCAGGGGCUGAAAUCAAAGGUGGAGGUGAGGAUGAAUGGAGUGCUGACAUGUCACAGCUUUAUAUAGGCAACAAAUUUGCCUCUGGGAGGCACAGCAGAAUCUACAGGGGUGUUUAUAAGCAGAGAGAUGUGGCUAUCAAGCUCAUUAGCCAGCCUGAGGAAGAUGGAGAUUUGGCUGCAUUCUUGGAGAAACAGUUCAAAUCAGAGGUUGCUUUCUUGUUCAGGUUAAGGCAUCCUAACAUCAUCUCUUUCAUAGCAGCAUGCAAGAAAGCUCCAGUCUUUUGCAUAAUAACCGAGUACUAUCCUGGUGGGUCCCUCAGAAAGUACCUUCACCAGCAAGAACCCUAUUCCCUCCCAUUAAACCUCGUCCUAAAACUAGCCCUCGACAUUGCACGUGGCAUGCAGUACCUUCACGCUCAAGGUAUACUUCACAGGGACCUCAAAUCCGAAAACCUUCUUCUGGAUGUGGACAUGUGUGUAAAAGUAGCAGAUUUCGGCAUAUCGUGUUUGGAGUCUCAAUGUGGGAGUGCAAAAGGGUUCACGGGUACUUACCGAUGGAUGGCGCCUGAGAUGAUCAAGGAAAAACACCACACGAAGAAAGUUGACGUGUAUAGUUUCGGUAUUGUUGUGUGGGAGCUUUUGACUGCUUUGACCCCAUUUGACGAUAUGACUCCCGAACAGGCUGCUUUUGCCGUGUGCCAGAAGACUUGUAAGUUGCAAUGCAUGAUUUACCUGGCUGAGUUGAGUUUGGCCGAGUGGUCUAAGGCGCCAGAUUUAGGCUCUGGUCCGAAAGGGCGUGGAAAGACACUUAGAAAGUGCUUAGAAACGCGAAUAAUAAAACGCGUUUCGCCUGCUCACCCCUUUACAGAAAACUCGCCGACUCUAAUUCGCCGCCGCAGCUAUCCCCGACAGCUUUUCUCCCUCCCCCGCUGCCGAUUCACUUUUGCUUUCGAAGCACAGAGAUACAUACAAUCACUGUAUCUGUAUUCUUUCUUCCAGAGAAAUAUGGAUUCGAAAUCCUCAGCUAAUUCUGCAAGCUUUGUCGAUCAGCAAGUGUUUCCUGGGGAUGUGGUGUUGGACCUCUCUAAAAUGACCAAUCAGACCAUCAAGCUUGGCGGCGGCCUCCGUCAGAUGUUCAAGUUGACUAUAAAAGUAAAUCACUUUGGGGAUAUGAUGCAAUGUGUCGAUGAUGGUGAUGUGAUAUCUGUUAUGAAAGCAGGGAAGCUGAGGUUCUCUAAACCAAACAAGUAUUGGGUAGAAAGCUCCCAUAAACGAUAUGUCCCAAGCGCUGGGGAUAAUGUACUUGGAAUCGUGGUUGAUGCCAAAGCAGAUAAUUUUCUCGUGGAUAUAAAGGGUCCCACAUUGGCAUUUCUCCCCGUGCUGGCUUUUGAAGGUGGAACCCGAAGAAACAUUCCAAAAUUCGAGAUGGGCACUUUGCUGUAUGUCCGUGUUGUCAAGGCAAACCCUGGCAUGAACCCUGAGAUAUCGUGCAUGGAUGCCACUGGAAAAGCUGCAGAUUAUGGCCCCCUAAAAGAAGGGUUCACAUUUGAAUCAUCGACCGGACUAUCAAGAAUGUUGCUAAGUUCUCCAACAUGCCCGGUUCUUGAAACACUCGGGAAAAAGCUUGCUUUCGAGAUUGCAGUUGGUUUGAACGGCCGCAUUUGGUUGAACGCUACUUCUCCUUCGAUUGUGAUUCUGGUUGCAAAUACAAUCAUGAAAACUGAGUCUUUGAGUCCUGGGCAGCAAAAACUUAAGGUUGAAAGCCUUCUGCAGAGACUGCAAUGAACAAGAAUCAUUUAGCUACCUGAGGAUUUUCGCCCGAAUCUUCUUCUGACAAAGAUGCAAUGUGGCUUUUGUAGAAUCAUUUAGAUACAAUUUUGUGUUAGCUCAAAUGUUCGGUGUUGGAUUUCCUAAUCAUUAGGCGGUCGACUCAGUCAUACUUUUUCAUACUUGUUAUGUUUAAUUUUAUAGUAUGGCAUUUCUAUAUGAAAUUAUGAAUAUUUGUUAAAAAUGUAUGAUUCUCGAAUUAUUAAGGUUGUCUAACAACUACAUUCUUAUCAUGUUAAAAAGAUGUGAUGACCCAACCUUCAAAUCAUGUCUGAUCAAUUAAAUUGCAAU